AUGAGGUCCUUCAUUAAGUCACAUAAACGAGGGGUUUCUCUUGAUUCGGACCAGCGAUCGCAGCCCGAAAGAAUGCCCCUUGUGGUCAACACCAGAACAUCAUCAGAGACAUACACCAUAGCCUCACCGGUGUCGCCUCUGGCUUCACCUUUGGGGCCUUUGUCUGGCAGCCCUGAUAUUUCGGGUAUCUCGCCCAGAAGAAGUCGGAAUCCAAUCAAAAAGUUUCUGAAACAAAAGUCUUCAUCAGGCAAUCUGAAUGCUGCGGCUAUAGUUACCUCAAAACAACAGUCUCCCAAACUCCGGUCGAAAUCAAGUUUCUCCAAUCUGGCCUCUCACAAGAUCAAAAAUGGCAAAUCAACGAGCCAUAGCGGUUCGUCUCCGUUGCUUGCAAUUAGUGGGACCUCGCCCACAAUCUACGGUACCAAGACCCAUGAGUGGGGUACUUCCCCCAACUUGUACAGUCCCAGCAGCUUGAGCAGACCCGAGAAUUUCCCUUCCAAAAUAUCACUCCCCAGCAUUGAUGAAGGCUCUGAUCAUCAUUCCUUCACCAGCUUUCCAUCUGUGGAUUUUGAACCCCAAAAUGUUGGGAUACGGAUGACCAGAGUGCAUGGAAUACACAGCGAGACGGAUCUGGGAACCUACGACUUACAGCAAAAGGCGUCGGAAGGGUUUGACUCGGUGACAGACUUUUCGAUUGUUUACAUAUCAAAGACCACGCCGAAGCAGGAGUCGAUAAAGGACCAGGCUGACGUCGCAGACGAUCCAGAGUCUGAUAAUGAGUCGGUGGUUUCUCGUGAAUCGAGCCAGUUUUCCUUCGAGGAGAACAUGAAGAGCGGUAGAAACUCUUCAAUAAAGUAUUACAAGAGCAAGGACCAGUUAGAAAGGGAGCAAAAGAUUUUUGACGAGGAACGGGCACAGGCAAAUGCAAUGGCCCUCGCCGAUGAGUUUGACGAUUUGGACGUGGAAGAUGCUCAGUUGAUCAACAGUUUGGGUUACGCUGAUCCCUACGAAGAGGAUGAUACCGAUGCACUUUUCAAUCGUAAGCUCUUUGGCAGUGAUGAUGAAAUGCCUCAAUCUAAUGUUCAUGGUGGGUCCGAAAACGAAAGCGACUUUCAGAACUUUUCUGAUUUCGAUGAUGAAAUGGUCAUGGAUCAGACCCAAGGAGAUGCGGGACAUGAAGCUAUCAUGGAUAAUGAUGAACUUUACAGUAUAGCUAAGAUCCCCACUUCCGGCGAGUACGAUGCUGACGGUGAAUUUCAGACUGAGGAAGAAGGCGAUGAGUCUUUGGAUGAUGUGCAAAAUUAUGUUUAUCCAGAAGGUUUACCUAAUUAUCGUUCGUCGGAACACAUCACGUCACCUCUUGCUUCUGGGAGUCAGAUCCAUGAGCUUUUGGGAAGGAUAUCUUUGCAAAGAGAAGAUGUUUCUGAAGAUGAUGAGAAGUCUCAGUCGUAUCGCACGAGUACUCUUGAUUCAAAUGCAACAUUCAUCACUGGUGAUGCUCCCACGCUGUCCAUUCAAAGCCCGUUUUCUGGCAGUCUAGUUUUUGAUAGAGACCCUAGAGCGACUUCUGUUUCUGCCAGCUCUAAUGCAAGGUUCAAGUCACCGUAUCUCUCACAUAGGCCGCCUUUGGGAACAGCAGUCGAUGAUGAUACGGACCCAGCACACAGGUUCUCGUGGUUCCCCAAUGAUGAUACUCUGAAUAUGCUCAAAACUUCAACAAGAGAAACCAAGCCCACAGUCCAAGGUGUCAAUCAGAUAUCACUGAUGAAGCCAGUUUACUUCCAUCACAAGUAUGAAGACCCGUCCUCUGAAGGGGGAAGCGAUGGUUCUGUGAUUGACGAGAUCAAUCAGGUACCUGCAGAUUUUGAUUUCAGAGACUUCGAUGAGUUUCAGCCAUGGCGUGGAAGAUCUUUCUCUCUUCAAAGCCCGAAAUCAGGAAGGUCUGUGCCAUCCAAAGGCAGAAGAAGCAACUCACUACUUAACCACCCCAGCAAAUCUCUGGGUGUGCCCAUGAGCUCAAGUACUCCUGUUCGAACAAAUAGUUUCGAAACAAAUGACAAAACAGUGACCCUUUUCAAUGUGAACCGAGCCAAUAAGCACGUUUACAGCAGCAACCACUCGUCAUUUGGAAACCCAUUGUCGGCGAGCAUAGCCGAGAUUGACGUUAGUUCAUGUGAUGACGAGGAUAUGACCAUUACAACUCCCACUGCUUCUUUCCCCGCUUUAAACCAGACCAGACCGGAGAGUUCUCCCCUGACAACUAUUAGUGAAAACUCUUUCGACAGCUCUGGGUACUACCAUCCACACUGA